UCAGUCGCAUAUAGGGUAAAAGGACAACUGAUUUAAAUAGCAUACUGAGCAUACUGAGCAUAAGAGCAGUUAUGUUAUGACUGAAAAUCGGAAUUUACAAGGUAGUGCUGUUUUUGGUUUGCAUCUGAUGUACUGAAGAGUUUUAUUGAAUAUUUCUUAUAAUACCGUACAUAUAACCCAUCAUGGAAUGGAAGACAAGCUCAGUGCGUGACGCCACCGGCGUUGGCUUUGACGUCAUAGAACACGAGGAACUGGUCUCGCCGGCGAACGCGAAGAAGAUCGAGCCCGAACAGCAAUUGAAGGACAUAAAGGACUUCCUGUACCAGGACCAUGACAUCCUGCUGUGCAGCUAUCCCAAAACUGGUUCGCAUUGGUUCAACAACAUUGUACACUUCCUCGUGCAUCCGGGGCCGGUCAAUGACAUUAUGUCGGUGUCCCCUAAGAACCUGGACCUGUUGCCAGUCGAGAUGGUGGCGCAGCAAACUCCUCCCAGGAUCAUUCUUUCUCAUCUCGGACCGUCCCGGUUGCCCACCGAUCAUCUCCAAAAUGGCGGAAAAAUUAUACUUAUCACACGCAAUCCACGUGACACUAUGGUCGCUAAUAGAUACCACGUGAUGAAACACGAGAUAUUUGACCGAGCAGAGAUGGAAUGGGGCGCAUUCUUCAAAUUUUGGAUUGACGGAAAGAUCCCUCCGGGCAACUAUUUUAACUAUUUCGGUUCCUGGAAGAAAUUCAUCGCUGACCAAAAACCGAACGUUCUCGUCGUCCAUUACGAAAAUAUGAUUUUGAAUGGCGUUUCGGAGCUGCGACGUAUCUCGGACUUCUUACAAGUGACAAACUCUGACGAGCGGCUAAAACAGAUACAAGAAAGGUGCAGCCUUUCAACCCCGCAGCAAGUCGGAACCAGCGGAAAAGUGCAUGGGACCCCGCUGAAAGACAAAUAUGGACUGAAUGGCCAUUGGAAGCAACACUUUACAGUAGCCCAGAGCGAGGAGUUUGACACAGUGGAAGCAAUGCACAAAGAAAGCAUAUUUCAGAUAUAACGUACUAGAUCUUGACUUGUUUUUCAGAAUGCCAAUAUAAUUGUUCAAGAAACAUACCUAAGUGAAGCAUACUUUCAUGUUCUCUUGAAAUGUGUUACUGUAAGUUAUGUAAUGUGUUUUGUUUAAAUAACUUAUUCUAAACAAAUUUAGUAUUAUUGUGACUGUCAGUUUUCAGAAAAAACAAACAAAUGUACUGAUCAGGUUUUUUAGUAUAUUCUCGAAUUAAACCUGAUUUUUGUUUUGCAAAUACUUCGAAGCAAAUGACAACAUUUUUUGCAAUUCCGUCUGCAAGUCUUAAAUUUGCCACAGAUUUCGGAGAUUCUAGUUUACUGUUCUAAUGACUAUAUCUGAAAAAUCUGUUCAAAUGAUGCACAUUUUAAGUUUGCAAUAGAAGGAGUUAUUUGUAUGUUAUGUUGAAUAUAUUAGAAAAGUACAUGGUAUGUGUAAACGUUUGGUGUAGUAGGCACUAUUGGCGAACGUUACGCAAUAAUAGCGGAGAAUUACGCAAUAAUGUAUGUAUUGAUGAAAGAGCCAUACUAUAUAACCAUUUAUCGUGUAUUCGAGACGUAAGUAUACUAACAGAGUUAGAAAUUGUACACAAGAAAUAAAAUAAAAAGUAAUAGGCA